AUGAAACUCCCUGUCGAUCUCUCGAGCCAAGAGUUUCGGCCCCAAAACCCACUCAAGACUGAGGCUAGCAUCGGAAACGCAGACCUAAAAGUCGAAAUCGCAGCUCCACAAGGCUGGACUUUUGCCGCGGGAGAUUCCAUCAUCGGCACAGUCACUCGUCGCUCGCCAGUCGUCACACCCGAUGCUACUUUAAGAUUGAUCCUCAAAGGGCACUUGGAGGUGAUCGAUCGCAAUGCUACUUCAAUGGGGCCUGAUCUCUCAAUGGGCCCUCAUCAUCAUCAUAUGCCUUCUAUUUCGUCCCGAGCCGUUGAUAGACAACUUUGGAUCCCAAAAACCCAAGUUCUCUUCCAAGGACCUCUACAUCUUUCUGAGGCUACAGAUGAGCCCAUAUCCUGGCCCUUUGAAUUUCACAUACCAGACUCCCCUGAUAUCCCGACAAGGGACAGGGAGACCAAGAAACAAAUGCUUCCAUCAGAAUAUGAAGCACUUGUUAGUGGCCCUUUGCCAGGAAGCUUCAGCUGUUCCGGGCAGAGUGUUCGUUCCUCUUUCUUCAUUGAGGCAUAUCUAGAGGCGGAACUAAAGUAUACACACGGUGGCAAACCAUUUACAUGGAAAUCUAUCCCGAGAUUCGACUACCGUGUAUAUAUAAGUGCACCACAGACUAUUCACCUUAACGACUCGGCAAUUCUUCCCCUUAAACUUCGAUUUUCACAACCAGAAACACCUAGCAAAGGCAAAGAAUAUCUCCCAGAGGUCCGUCUUGUUACAUGCAAGAUGUCAAUCGUAUCAAAGACUAUGGUCUAUGUGGAUGGAUCACCCGCUAACUCUCCCUACGACAUUGAGCGUCAAACUCAUGAGCUGGGACUUGAGAAGGCAUUUGAAUCCACUGAAGCGGUUCCAUUCCCUUGGAGCGAAAAGGCGGAGCCAGUCGACAUCGGAAACAUUUUCCAGCUUGUUCUUCGCUCGAAUGGUCUUAAGGCCGAGGAUACUUCUUUGAAAAGGCUACGUUUUCCAAUUUCUCCAGACUCAAUGUGUAGUAUAUUCUACACACCCAUUCAUUGGAGGUGGAUAUUUCAGUCACUAUUGGGGGACAAGAGGAUCGAAUCCUUUGGGUGGGGCCAGUGA